CUGGGAUUCAAACUCAUAACCUUCCAAACAACAGUCCAACUCCUUUACCACUAAGCUACCACAUCCUUAAAGCGUCGACCAUGGGGAAUUUUUGAAGCAUUCUAAGGGAAUAGUGCAGGCUGAUAGCUUAGCACACAUUGGAAGGGAGUGAGCUGUGUGGUGGAGUAGUGCAGGAAAUUCUGGGCAUACUCAGCCCAUGGUAGGUACAGGGCACAGUCCUCAGGGUUGGAGCUACAGAAUAUAUGCAAAACAGCUGAUAGCCUGAUUUGCCUGCUCUACUUGGCCAUUAGACAUACACUCAUUCAAACACUACAGACAAUUUAAAGAUGCCAGUCAGCUACAACAUAUCUUUGGACUGGGGAAGGAAACCAGAGUACCCCUGGCAGCAAGUGGGCCACUUGUGUAGUGCAAGUAUAAAGUUGACCUUUUGGGGAAGAGCUCUAAAAGAUGAAUUGUCCGCAGAAAACAGUGUUCUAGAAAAUGUAUAACGGAGUGGUGUUUGUGGUUUGUGCUGAUAGGUGCAACAUAGUAUUUAAACCUCUGUUCAUCUGAGAGAGGAACUCAGUGUCUCUGAUGCACCAUGGCUCUCUUCCCACUGGCUCUGCUCACCUGUCUCCUGUCUCAGAUAGGUCACUGUGCUUAUGUUAACAUGGGCAUAGUGAAUGGCUCGGUGGUUAAAGCACAUUCCAGACCCUACAUGGUUUCUAUCCAAAACAAAGGAAAACAUACAUGCGGGGGCUUCCUUGUGUCUGAGAACAUUGUCAUGACGGCUGCACACUGCUGGAAACCAGAGAUGACCAUUGUAGCAGGUGCUCAUGAUCUAAAAGAGGACCGGUCAAUCCAUACAGAGGUGAAGCUUUACCACAUCCACCCGAAGUAUAACUCAGAGACAAAGUUCAAUGAUAUCAUGCUGCUCCAGUUGAACAAACCCAUCAAAAAGACCAAGGAUAUAAGUUGGAUCACGAUACCAAAAAAACAGAAUCAGGAUGUUAAAGCAAACCAGGUUUGCAGCAUAGCAGGCUGGGGGAAACAAUCUGACAACGGAAGAUCAAGUGAUCAGCUCAUGGAGGUCAAUGUCAAUGUUAUCAAAACAAAGGACUGCAAGAAACAAUGGGGAGAGCCUUUCUCUGUCUCCAGUGUGGUGUGCUCUAAGAGUCGUGGAGGGUUUUGUGAGGGAGACUCUGGAGGUCCUUUGGUGUGUAAGGACACAGCCGUCGGUAUUGUUUCAUUCUACGAGGAUGGAAAGUGCAAAACACCACAGCUGCCCUACGUUUACACCAAAAUUUCUAAAUACCUGCCUUGGAUAAAUCGUAUUUUAGGACGAAUGGAGUGAGCAUUUGGCUAUUAUUUCAUAUCUUGUGUUUAAGCCCCUCCCCUUUUUUCAUGAAAAAAAAAAUCUUGCUGCAAAUGAAAAUAAAGGAGUGAAUAAAAAAAAACAGCAAAAUAAAAUUUCCAAAUAUUAUUUCAAAAA